AUGUAUAAGCGCACCUCCGCGGCGGAAGUGGUGUAUAUUCUGAAGAGACUCGCGAAGGACAAGGCUGCCCGCCGCGCAGAAAUGGAGAAGGCCACAAAGGCUGGGAAAGGCAAAGGGAAGGCUGGGAACGGGAGUUCUUCCCAGGGCGGCACCGAGGCGCAAGCCACAGAUGAUACUGUCGGGGAAGAGCUUGCCGGGGAUAACUUCGCUAGGCUAGAUGCUCUAGCCACGGUAGCAAAGGAGCUCCAGGAGGAAGAGGAGGAGAGGGAGGAGGGCGCGACAGCGGCCCUUGAGGAAGUGGAGGAGGACGCAAAGACCCUUGUCCACCACUCCCGGAAGAGACUCCGGCGCCUCGGGUCGCUGAAGGGCGUAGAUGGCUCGGCUUCGGCAGGGAAAGAUGCAGAAGAUCCCGUGCGGAGCCCCCAGCUCAGCCCCCGGUCUGAGAGCGGAGACUUGGCCCCGCCCGCCGGAGAUGAUGGAGACAACCUUUCUGCCCCUUUACGCGGAGGAGGGGGCGAGGUAACGCAGGGCGAGCCACUCCUUGAGGAGCACGUCUGCCCUGCCGCCCAAGCCGAAGAUGUCGUCAUGGAAUCUUCCGCGGCAGAGACGGCGCAGAAGGCUGCCGAGUCUACCCCGGCAGAGGAAGAAGCUAGCGACCCGGCAACGACUGCUGCCGAAGAAAUAGAGACCCCUGCCCGGCAGACUUCCCAGUCCGAAGAGCCAGAUGUGUUGGAGGUGGUGGCGGACAUAGGGAGGUCAGCCGCAGACGAAGCUGCGAAGGUCGCGGCUACUGAGGGGCAUGAUCUCACUGUCAGGGGAACACUAGGUUCUUUGGCAGUGGUGGAGCAUUCUCAGGAGAGCGCCCCGGUAGAGGAAGUGGUUAUCGAGGCGAAGAUUCCUCUUCAAAACAUGGGUCCACUCCCCUGUUCCGGGGAUGCUACUGAUGCCCCGCCGUCUUCCUCGAACACGCUGGCCGUGCGCCGAGGCGGGGAGGCCGAGGACUCAGCGGCCAUCACCAUGGAUUUGUCCUUCAUCGAGUCCAUGGCGGUGGGCUUGAAGGAAAUGCAGGCCCGACACAAUCAGAAGUGGCAGGAGCUCAAGGAGCGGCACGAAUCCGCCGACAAAGUGGAUCAGAAGCUGAAGGACAAGUGCCUGGAGCUACGUGAAUGGCACGACAAGCAGUUUAAGGCGCUCGUGAGGCAGCAAGAGAUCCUUCAGAUGAUGAGGGAAGAUGUCGCGGCCCGAGAGGGGCGCCUGGCGAAUCAUAAGGCAUCUCUGGAUGUCAGGGAGAGGGAGAUCUCCCUCCGGGAAGAGGAUAUUGAAGCUACCCUCCACGCCAAGGAUGAAAGUUUGGAGGCCCUGGUGCAGCAACGCAGCAAGGAAUUGGAGGACAAGCAUGAGGCUGCUCUGGGCACCCUUGCCGCUAAUCAUGCGGCCCGGCUGAAGAAGCUUGUCGAUGACUUGGACGCCACAUCUUCUGCUAAGGUUGAGCUCGACCAGCAGGUGGCCAAACUGAACGAAGACCUUGCCGAGAGCGCCAAGAAGGUGGAGCUGCUGCCUAAGGAGUUGGAAAACGCCAAGCGUCUCUGGCAAGAUGCAGAUGACAGGCUGAAGAAUCGGGUCGAUAUGAGCAACCUCUGGAUUAUGAGCUUGACUGAUAUUGCAGAACAUCUUGGCGCCCAAGCUACAGCGAUGGGUAUGGACGGCCCAGUCUACUCAGCUAGCAAGCGGGAGGUCCCGAGUGUCAAGCUAGGGAUCUUCUUCAACGAGUUGAUCGACAAGCUGAAGGUGCAUGAAGAGGGGAGGGCCGAGCGCUUUGCGACCGAGUCCCGGAGGCUUGCUCGCGAUGCCCUCUUCAUGGUCUUGAGCAACAUCGCCUGUCGCCACCCAGAGCUUGACCUCGAUGAUGGUUUUAAGAAGCCGCCGGCUGGUGCUGACAUUGUUGCCGCUAAAGAGAAGGCUGCUCCCUGCGCCGACAAGGUUCUUCUCGUUUAA